AACGCGCCAACCUUUUCAUCUCCGGUCACCACUACCGUACACUCAGCUCCCUUACUCACUCGACGCAGCAAUGGCGGAUUCACCAUCUCGCAACGACGAUCAGAAUCUCCUCCUUCCUCUAGAGGCCGAGUCGCAGCUCUCAUCUCUCGUUUACGAUAUGUCACAGCAGGUGCAGACAGUAAUGGAAAACAUGCUUAAGAUGACUAAUGAGAUAGAUCAAAGCUCCAAUGGCAUCAUUGAAGAUAUCGAGAAAUGCAGGGACUCUGCUCUUGAGAGGAAGAGAAAUCUGGAGGAACAGAAGGAAAGAUUCCAAAAGGCUGCUUUUACCGUUAUAGACAUGCUCAACAACAGAAAUUAACAGAUUACUAUGACAUGCAACUGAUUUGUACGGCGAUAGGAUGGCAUUUUUUGGGUCUUCGGUUAUCAUUUAGCAAGCUCAGUGCAUGUUUGUGCCUGCUAUCAUCAAAUCAGCAAGCUUGCAAGUGCCAUGCAUUGAGUGGCUUAGUAUAGUUUAGACGAAAACAAGAUUUACCAUUCCCAUCUUCAUUUCCACUUAUGUUGCCGUCAUGCUGCUGUUCUUCAUUUGAUAACAUACGCUGUAGGAGCAAAGGAAUUGUGAGAAACAUCACACAUGGUUAUAUACAUCUAGUAUGGAAGCUUGCGCUGUAAUUUCUCUGAAUCAGAAAAAUAUAUGUAACCGCUGAAAUUUAAAGUAAUGCUUCAUUUAAAAGAUUUAC